GGACGCGCGGGCGCGGGGGACCCGGCGCCAGCUCUGGAACUCUGGAGUUCUCCGGGGAGGGAAGCUGUCAAACGAAGGCCGAGAGAAAUUAGGCGGAGGCUGUAGAGAAGCCAAGAGCCCCGCCCCUCCGCCAUAGCGGCCUCCGGCGCCGCCUCUUCCUUUGCGGCCUCCGGUCCUCGUCUGCUUCCGGCCCUGUUGCCUGGCCCGGCCCCUCGGUUCCCUCGGGACGAAGCCCUGGGCCCGUGGCUCCCUUGGGGUGAGGGUCACUACCCUGUCCCGGGUAGGAAUCGUGUCCGAAAAGAGCAGGCUGCGACGGGCUCCCGACUUGAGAAGCCUGAGGAGGCUCAAUCCUGGCGGUGAGAGGAUGGGACUCCUGGACCCGUCCCAGAAGGAGGUGCUGAAAUUUGCAGUAAGCUGCCGCAUCCUGACUCUGGUGCUACAGGCACUCUUCAAUGUCAUCAUCCCAGAUCACCAGGCAGAUGCCUUUUCUCCUCCCCGCCUGGCCCCCUCAGGCUCUGUGGAUCAGCUUGUGGAAGGUCUUCUGGGUGGUCUGUCUCGAUGGGACGCUGAACACUUCCUGUUUAUUGCUGAGCACGGCUACCUUUAUGAGCACAACUUUGCCUUCUUCCCUGGCUUCCCCUUGGCCCUGCAGAUGGGGACUGAACUGCUGAGACCCUUGCAGGGCCUCUUGAGCCAGCGCAGCUGCCUGCUAAUCUCUGUAGCGCUUCUCAACUUCCUGUUCUCCGUGCUAGCUGCAGUCGCACUUCAUGACUUGGGUUGUCUGGUUUUGCACUGUCCUCGCCAGGCCUUUUGUGCAGCGCUGCUCUUCUGCCUCAGCCCUGCCAAUGUUUUCUUGGCUGCUGGUUACUCGGAAGCUUUGUUUGCCUUCCUGACGUUCAGCGCCAUGGGGCAGCUGGAGCGGGGCCGAGGCGGGGCUGGUGGGCUGCUCUUUGCUCUUGCGGCUGGGGUGCGCGCCAAUGGCCUGGUCAGCGUUGGCUUCCUCCUGCACGCUCAAUGCAGGGGCUUUUGUUCUUCUCUGGUGGUGCAGACCUGGAAACAGCUCCUCAAGCUGAUGGCCUCUCUGUGCUUGUCAGUGCUCACGGUCAGCCUUCCCUUUGCCCUCUUUCAGUAUUAUGCCUAUACCCAGUUCUGUUUGCCAGGCUCAGCCCACGCCAUCCCUGAGCCCUUGCUGCAGCUAGCUUCGGACAAAGGCUACCGCCUUGCAGGACGGAGUGAGCCCCCGUGGUGCACCUGGGCUCUUCCUCUAAUAUACAGCUAUAUUCAGGAUGUCUACUGGAAUGUUGGUCUUCUGCGAUACUAUGAACUUAGACAGGCGCCCAAUUUUCUACUAGCUACACCAGUGACUAUACUGGUUGUGUGGGCAACCUGGACAUAUGUGACCACCCACCCUUGGCUCUGCUUUACACUUGGGCUGAAAAGGACCAAGGACAAGGAGAGCCUGGAGAAGCCCCAUCCUGGUUUCCUCAGUCCAAAGGUGUUUGUGUACCUGGUCCACGCUGCAGCGCUGCUGAUCUUUGGAGGUCUGUGCAUGCAUGUCCAGGUUCUCACACGAUUUCUGGGCUCUGCCACUCCCAUCAUAUACUGGUUUCCUGCUUACCUGCUUCAGGAUGGAGAGCCACUGCUGAGGGGUGUGGACACGGCACCUCAGAAGCUGCUGAGGCCCACACCAGCACAGAAGGCCCCCAGGAACUGGGUCGUGGAACUCUUGUACAACUGGAAGACCUGCUCUCCAGUCACAAAAUGCAUUCUAGGCUACUUCCUGACCUACUGGCUCCUGGGACUAAUUUUCCAUUGCAACUUCCUGCCUUGGACUUGACCUGGAGUGUCAAGGGACAGACUGGAAGCUAAUUUAACUCGGGGUAUGAAAGCUCUAAGACACACUGGCUGGGACUGCCUGCACACCCCGGAGAAUGCCCAGCAGGAUCUCCCAAGUCUCUCUGGAGGCCAGUUAAGAAGGGAAGGUGUGAGCACAGGAGCCCCUCUCCUCCUGGGCAGGGCAUUGGGGAGGGACUUCACUGCUCAGUACAGCUGUCUCAGAUCGCCCUGGUCAGCAAGUAUCAGGCAAUCUUAAACCUACUACUGAUUCAUGUGUAAGUCUUUGUCUUUUUGUUUUUCAAGAGAGGGCUUCUCUGCAUAGCCCUGACUGUCCUGGAACUCACUCUGUAGACUUGGUGUAUGUAGGCUCCUCCUGCCUCUGCCUCCCAAGUGCUAGGCUGCCACCGAAUGUGAGCCGCCACUGCCUAGCCGUUCCCAAUGGCGGGUACUGCCUGCUCUAAAGGAGAGCUUUCUCAAGUUUUCUUUUUUAAAGAUUUAUUUAUUAUAUUCAUAUGUGUGCACUGUAACUGUCUUCAGACACAUCAGAAGGUGGCAUCAGAUCCCAUUACAGAUGUUUGUGAGCCACCAUGUGGUUGCUGGGAUUUGGACUCAGGACCUUUGGAAGAGCAGUCAGUGUUCCAUUGUUCUUAACCACUGAGCCAUCUCUCCAGCCCUGCAGUUUUCUUUCUUUUCUUUUCUUUUCUUUUCUUUUCUUUUCUUUUCUUUUCUUUCCUUUCUUUCUCCUUCUCCUCCUCCUCCUUUUUUGUUGUUGUUGUUUUCAAGACAGGGUUUCUUCUCUGUGUAGUCACAACGUGGUUGCUGGGAAUUGAACUCAGGACCUCUGGAUUGAACUUAACCGCUGAGCCAUCUCUCCAGGCCCUGAAGUUUUAUGAUACGUGUGUGUGUGUGUGUGUCCGUGUGUCCUACAGACUAUGAACAUCUUAAAAACUCCUUUUUGUAAUGAAUUAGUUUUUCUGGAGGGGGGUGGUCCGGGGAGUUAAGGUAGGGUCCCUCUGUGCAGCUCUGGCAGUCCUAGAACUUGCUUGCUAUGUAGAUCUGGCUGGUCUAGAACUCAGAGAUUCUCCUGCCUCUGCCUCCUGAGGGCUGGGAGUAAAGUCUGCUCCACAGGCUCUGCCAAGCUAGCUCUAUGACGAUAGGGGGCUGAGGCUAGAGCCCAGUGGUAAAGUAUGUGAGGCCCUAAUGUCAGUAAUCAAUGUCACUCGGUCACAGCACAGGGUCUGAGUCUUGGCUCCUGGUCCUCAUUUUCAGCUGUAUGAUCUAACGCUACCUUCAGAGCUUUUACCUUCUCUGAAAUUAAGGAGGAGACUCCUUCCCUGGGGUGUGGUUUAGGCCUUAAAUCUUGAGGCUACCUUAAACAAAAGAUGACAAUCUCAAUACCUGGAGGCUCACGCAUGAUCUAAUCGGAAAGUCCUCCAUUUCCUUUGAUCGGCUGGAAACAGCCUCCCCACAACCCCUGGGAACAACUCUGAAUAGACGCUGUCUUGGGUGAGUAAUGACACCCAGUGCAAAAGGGUGACCCAGGAUGACUGGUUUUCCAUUCCUAAAGAUCAGGCUUGAUUGGUAGGCAUGAGUCAGAGGCACCGACACCACAGCACUGAUGGAGGAGCAUUGUAGCUAAGUCCUCCCAGGUUGUCACAGUAGCAUCUGCCCUGCUGCCUGGCUCCCUUUGGUUACUAACAGUAGUAUCACUGACCAGGAGGAAUGUGGUAACUCCUCUCUCAACACUCCAUGAGCUGAGGCCAGAGGUGAGCAGAACAAGACCCUGUGCACACGAAUAGACAGUGUCCCUACUGCGCAGAGCUUGGGCCGUUUUGAGCCAGGUAACUUUGACUCAGUGUCGUCAUCCUUCUCACGCCCUCCCCACUGGGCCAAAACUUCCAAUAAGCAGCAUUCUUCAAAACAGAUGGCAAUCAGCAGUGGCUUCUGGAAAGCUGAGAGUUGGAAUUUGGACACACUCCCUCCAACCGUGACAGAAAGCUCAACUUGCCAGCUGAAGGGAAGCUCCUGGCCGAGGCCCAGCACCCUCCGUGGGAGCCUCCAGCCAGCCUGGCCAACGAGCGUUCCCACCCAUCACCACAGCACUAGCACAGCCAAGCACUUGGGCCAGAGUCAAAUGCUACGGAAAAUGUACACACAGAUUGGGGCAGCCCUCUGCCUUCUGCCAAGACACCAAGUGCCCUUCUUGGCAAAAGACAACACUUCUCCCCAUGUCCCCAGCUGGCAGAGACUGCUGUUGCUUCCCCAGCAGCUGCAGAUCCUAGGACCCCCUCCCCCUCCCGAGAAAGUGCGUGGGCGGAGUGGGCGGAGCCGGGGUCCUUCGGUCUCUCUGCCUCACUUUGCCUCCUUUUGGGGGAUAACCAGAAGCGAUGGUUCCUCUCCUGGGAGGGGUGACUCACCCCCCACAGAGCUGCUGCCUGCCAUCUCCCGUUUGGUCCCCAGAGCCUUCGCUCAAGAAACCCUACACCUGGGGACCCCUGCCAGGCGGCACAGCCACACCUGGAGAAGGCGGCCUCAGGCCUGGGAGGCUGGCUGCUUGGUCUGAGGGCCGGACUGACUUUAUGACCAGCAGCUGUCCUUUUAGCGGCCUAUUAACAGUCUUUAAUAGUCUGAGGGAGGAACAUGAAGGGCCCAAGGCAGGAAGCUUCCUGUUUACCCGAGGUCUGAGAAUGCCGCAGCUGGGUUGGGCCGCCACGGUUUCAGAGAAAAGUCAUUUCCUUCUAAGACCCUGCUAAAAUACAAACCAGACACUCCGAGCACCCA